UAGUUUAUGCGGUUUUUUUACUUUUAAUGAUAUAUAUAUUUUUUAUAUAUAUUUUUCUACUAAACAUCUGAUUUUUUUUAAGAUAAAUAAAUUUUACUUUUUUUUUUUUUUACUAACGAGUUAAUUUUUAGGAAUGGAUUCAGUUGAAAGUUCUGAGACUGGAAAAGUCGAAGUGACUAUGACCACUUCUGAUAGCGAAGAUUUGUCGGACAAGGAUUCACCCGUACAAGUUUCGCAUUCAGACGCUGAAGAAAAUGUUGUAUUAAUCACUAAAGUAAUGACUGACAAAGAUUCCUCUAAAGACAACGAUGAAGAAACAAAAAAUGUCAUAAUUCACAACAAUGUACAUGAAAAUAAAACUGGAAAUGAUUUAUCCGAGCAGGUUAACCCCUCCAAUUUAAAUGAACAACCAAAUGUUAAUCCUACUGAAGAGGAAAAUAUUGAAGAAGAGUUUAUUGAAUCCAGUGUAUCCCCUGUUACUCCUCAAGAUGAGGUUAUAAUCAUAAAUAAUUUGGACGAGAGCAUUUCUUUUAAAGUUGAAGUAAUAGAAAGUGACAAACCUAAUAAUUCAACAAAUGAUGAACGGUUGGAAUCUCAUGAAAAUGAUAAUUCAAAUAAAUUCCGCAACGAUGAAGAAUUUAACCCUGUUAAUCCUAAUAUUCCAACCAUUGAGAAACAGUUGAAAGAUAACGAAAAUUUAAAUUUGUUCAAAUCUAAAAAUAAUAAUUCAACCCAAAUUCCUAACAACUUUCAAAGACCUGAAGAGAAAUCUCAGGAAGAACUAAAUGAAACGGUUAGUUUUAAUAAUACCCAGCUUAAUAACGAAAGAGGAUCCAGAGAUUUAGAUGAUUUUGAACAGGAACUUCCCUUGAAUCUUGGUAAUACGACGGGCUCUACUAAACAAGAUGAUGACAAUUCUGAAUUGAUGAAAUCUGAUCAUGGUAUAAUUAGCCAAGAGAAAUCUUCUAAUACGGAAGAAGGCAGAAACCCCAUGAAUUUUGAUGAACUUAAUACAGGUUCUGUGGGACAAUCUCAUAGUACUGAAAGGUCAACAGAAAUCCAAGACGAUGACAAUCCUGAAUUUAUAAAAACUGACCAUGAUAUAAAGAAAUCGUAUAAUACGGAAGGAAACAGAAAACCCAUGAAUUUCGGUAAUAAUGAACAGGUUCUCGACAAUACUGCGAGCUCUACGAAACGAUCGCAUUCUGAACAUGAUCAAAAGAAAUCGUCUAAUACGAGAGAAGAUGAAAAC